UCGUUUCAACUCCUCACCCAGCCAGCCCCAUCAGCCCGCAGGAAUUACCAUAGUCUUAUCAUAAGUCCAGCCGCCUUCCACACUCCAGCACUCGAACACAUUCUCCUUCACUUCGACUAUUUUCGGCAUGCACUCAUCCAGCCCUACCGCGCCCUUAUCAGACAUCAAUCGCGUCGCGGUUACUUCGACAAAGCUCGCCAGAAGAACUUACGGUCGGCGUUCAAAUGCGCAUAAAGAGAAGAGGAAAAUUGGGGCUACGGAAUGGGAACGUUCGGAGACACCUGAUGUUGAUUUCUCAGAUAACGGUCAUGGAGAAGAUGAAUUACAUCUUUCCAGGUCCAAACGGAGGAAUGUAGAAAUUGGUAGUCCUGGGAACAAAGAGAGAAGCAGGAACUUAUCAAAUGACACCCAACCACAAAAUCAAGCCAACGACAGCGCUGUCCAUAUCACCUCUUCUCUCUCACCCACGCCUCCCAGCAGAUCACCCACGCCUCCCAGCAGAUCCACCUCGCCGUCCCCACAAGUGAAAGGAACAGCCGUAUUUGAACCAGAACGUCUCAAAAGUGGCUGGACACGACCUCGCCUGAUGGCCAGGGCGAGGACGCAACAGUACAAUCACGGCUCAGGCGCGUCAAGUGAAUCCCCCAUCCUUUCAUCUGAAUCUUCGGCCCCAGCUUCAAAUCGAUAUACGACUAGAAACUGCGGUCGUCCACUCUCACCUUCACUUGUUAAUCGCAGGGAGAUAUCAGAGCUAUUCUCUGGUUUCUCCUCCGGCGCGAGUUCUCAUGCAUCCGUCAAAAGUGGAGAUCUUCAACCUGUUCCUCCUUCCUCUGGGGGCUUCCAUGCGACUUCUUCAGCAAGAGCCGGGGGUCUGCGCCGUAUGCUUACCAAAACUCAGAGCUUAGGUGUCUCAGAGCCAUCUACACCGUCAAAACAAGAUAGAAGGGACGACCAUGAAGCUGGCCCCGCAAGUUCGCGGAUAGUGACUGCUCCGUCAACCCCGCCACGUUCAGCUUUACGAAGGACGCAAUCAAUGCCCAGUUCUCCCGCAGAGCCUAGCCCUCAAGGUGUGGACAUAGACUCUGCUUUUGCUGUGCAUCCUCAAAUCAUGCAGCAUCCAGGGUCGGGAGGAAGAGCCAAAAAAACAUAUGGUAAAGUUCGGACGAUUCUGGUUGAACUUUCGCGGGGGCCUGAAGACGGGGAUCAGUCGUCGUAUGACACUAUGAGUCAAGGAGAUGAGUCUCAGCUACAGGCUAGCUAUGUGGAAUUGAGGCAGCGGUAUGAGGUUGAUAACACCAUCCAGCAUACAAGCCGUUCCGCUAGUCUGCUACAAGAUAUGCUCCAGGCUAGGGCGCCGGAGACCGUGUCUGACAUGAGGUCUAGAGGCGAGAAUCGACGCUUCAUCGACGAAUUAGGCUACCUUUUUGAUGGUAUAUCGGACCCGGCUGCUAAUAAAUCGUUCCAGCGCUCCAGUGCGAUGGAUAUACUUCAAAAUAUGUUAGAUGAAUAUUGGCUGAGCAAAAUGAAAAUCUGCGGUCAAGUUGACAAAGCAUGGGAUUGUUUUACUGGUGCAGGCGAAGAUGAAGUAAUGGAGUCGGCAUGCCUCGUGUUCUUGUGCAUCCUCUUCGUUUCCGGAUCAGGUUUGGAAUAUGUUGUGCAUAAUGACUCUCAGAAAAGUGUCUCUCUUCUUUUGAAACUGAUAAAAGCCCGUGAAGGCCCAUUGGACCUUUCAUAUAAACCAAAAAUUACCAACUCUAUCUCAAAAUUGCGCACAAUAUGUGAGAAGUUGAAAGACAAUUGGAAGAUUUCCAGGUCUUCAACACGAUACUGGGCUUCCUGUGUUCUGAAUGCAAUCUGCCAAAGCACAAUGUGGGCUGCUACAGGAAUCGAUUUCGAAAAGGAAAAGGCUUUGACAAAUAUGUUGGAAGUCUUGAAAGAAGAAAUAAAAGGCGUCAGUGAUCAUUUUGAUCUUUAUGAAAAGGGUUUGGACUUGCAACCCGAUGAGCGAUCUUUGGAUUUGGGCUAUCUGGAUCAUUGCCUUCGCGCUAUCCUUUCUUUAACAGAACACUCCUCAACAUUACGAGAGGAACUACUCAACAGCCCGCAGGAAGUAGCUCAGGUUCUAGUUGACAUUACAUUAGCUACUACCCAUCUUGCCUUAACCCAUGAUAGCAACCGUUCGGAAGCGUCAUGGUGUUCUUUACAUGCUGUGCAAAUCCUGGCUCAACUUGGAACUGCAUCAGGGCAAUGGGCUAUCGCAGUCAUGGAAUGUGAGGCUGGACCGAUCUGUUUGGCGCGAGUCAUCUUAAAACGAGUCGACCUUGUCAGAAAUGCGAAAGACGCCCAUGAAAAGUAUUUGACAGGUCAGAGGACUGUGUUGGAAAAGGAAGAAGGAGCAAAAGUGACCAGACCCAGCAUUAAUGAGCCAGAGAUCUCAGAAGAAGAACUGCUAUGCUAUGCGCUGGCCCUGUUCACUACAUCUGUUUUGGCAGAUAAGAGCUUCGCGUUUAAAAUUGCCCAUACAAAUAUCCAAAGUGACUGUGCUGGGGUACAUGCUUGUCUGCGCCGCUGCCGCUGUACCUCAGCUCUUCCAUUAGGGCUGCACUUCGCACAUUUGUAUAACCAGUAUUCCAAUAGCAACGAUGAUCCCUUGGCGUCAAUCUUAAAAGGCAAUCUUGCGCUUUUAUUGUCCAAAAUUAUCGGUGUCUCUGCUGAGAUUGAAGGCGAAGUAAUUCAACCCUUAUUCGGCCAUUCAAGAGCUGCAAAGCUUGAUGGCUUGAUACAGUCUCUAAGGGAGCUUGGAGAAUUGCAGUCGAUGAUGCAAAACACUUUCCGUCGCCUGAUGCCCGGGGGAUUAUCCAUGGAAGGAGGAGAUGAAGGAGACGGCUCAGAAAACACGGAUGUGGUUUUAGAAACUAUACGAGGAGUAAAAUCUUUGUUGUAAAGCGAAUGGCUUGAUCAUAGAAAUCAAUAGUAUGCGGCAUCUUUGUAUUUCGGAGCUCUCAUUGUACCAUGCCUGAACAAAAAUGUACCAUUUUCCCUCCCUGACAUUCAC